AUGCCUACCACCUACACCACCGCCAUCCUCAUAACCGGCGGCACCUCCGGCCUGGGCUGGCACACCGCCCUCAACCUCGCCCACACCUCCCCGCCAACCACCCUCCUCAUCCUCGCCUCCCGCAGCGCCCCGGCGGCCCCCCUCCCCUCCCCGCACACCAAAUACCUCGCCCUCGACCUCUCCUCCGCCGCCGGCGUCCAGGCCUUCGUCAAAACCUGGUCCACAUGCUCCUACCCUUCGAUCUCCGCCCUGAUCCUCAACGCGGGCCUGCAGUUCCUCGGGCCGCCCUCCUUCUCCCCGGACGGCUACGAGAACACCUUCGCCAUCAACCACCUCGGCAACGCCCAUCUCUACUACCGGCUGCUGGCGGGCGGCUUCCUGGCGCCCACGGCGCGCAUCAUCCUCGUCGGCAGCCAGACGCACUCGCCCGCCGCCAAGACCGGGCUGCCGGACGCCUACUACGCCACCGCGGAAGCACUCGCGCACCCAGGCCCGGAGAAGAAAGAGGUCGCGCAGACGGGCAACGGCCGCCAGCGCUACGGCACCUCGAAGCUGUGUAACCUUUUGUGGGCGUACGCUUUAAAGAGGAGGCUGGGCAAAGCCCCCGAGGGCCAGCGCAAGAGCGUGCUGGUGUUCAACCCGGGGCUGAUGCCCGGGACGGGGCUGGCGCGCGCGGCGCCGGCGUGGCAGGUGUGGAUCUGGAAGAGGGUGUUGCCGAGACUUGUGCCGUUGCUAAGGGUGGUGGUGAGUAAGGAUGUUCAUACGCAGGAGGAGUCUGGGCGGAAUUUGGCGGGGUUGGUGGGGAAGGUGGUGGGGGAGGGAGAAGGGCUGUAUUUCGAGAAUAAUGGGGUGGGGCUUGAGACUUCGAAGGAUAGCUUGGUGGAAGCGAAGCAGGAGGAUUUGUGGACGUGGACGGUAAAGGCGGUUGCGAAGGAUGAGGGGGAGAGGGAGGUGUUUGAGAGGGGGUGGUAG